UUCACUUCGUUUAGUCGUCCUGGGCCGUCAGUUCUCGAAGGUUAUGUGCAGUAUUGAAGUGCACACUCAAAAAAGUUUUUGCAUUCUAAUUAAUUAAUCAAGAAUGAAAGUUGCACUCGCCAUCGCGUGUGUUUUCCUCGGAUGCUGCUCCAAUGUCGUCUUCCUGGAGCUUUUGGUUAAGGAAGACCCGGGCAGUGGAAAUCUCAUCACUUUUUCUCAGUUUCUCUUCAUCUCCCUCGAGGGAUUUAUUUUCACCUCGAAAUUUGGAACUGUCAAACCAAGGAUUGGAUUCAAGGACUACAUGAUUAUGGUCUUCAUGUUCUUCGUGGCGAGUGUCUGCAAUAAUUAUGCAUUUGAUUUUAAUAUCCCUAUGCCCCUGCACAUGAUCUUCAGAGCGGGAUCACUCAUAGCGAAUAUGGUAAUGGGCAUAAUAAUCCUCGGAAGGAAGUAUCCACCGAGCAAAUACCUAUCAGUAUUUAUGAUAACCCUGGGAAUAGUUCUUUGCACGAUAGUCAGUGGACGAGAUAUAAAAUCGACUCAAAAAAUGGCAGCAGACGCUGUACCACCGACUGCAAUGGAAAAUUUGUUCUGGUGGAGUCUAGGUAUCACAUUAUUGACUGUUGCCCUCUUCAUCUCGGCGAGGAUGGGGCUGUACCAGGAAGUUCUGUACCUGAAAUACGGAAAACACCCGAAAGAGGCUUUAUAUUACACACAUUUAUUACCCCUGCCAUUCUUCUUGACUUUAGCAACGAAUAUUUGGGAUCAUUCUGUUCUGGCAGUCAAUUCGGAUCUCAUCGAAGUUUUGGGAAUUUCUUUACCAAAAACUGUUGCUUAUCUUAUUGGAAAUGUUCUCUCGCAGUACAUGUGCAUCGCUUCGGUGUUCGUCCUGACGACAGAGUGUACAUCCCUAACAGUAACCCUCGUCGUAACCCUCCGUAAAUUCGUCUCAUUACUAUUUUCAAUCAUGUACUUCAGGAAUUCCUUCAGCAUCUACCACUGGCUGGGUACAAUCCUAGUGUUCUCUGGUACAAUUAUUUUCACGGAAGUCGUAUCAAAAUUGCGAUCGAGUCUGUCCCCACAAACGGACGACAAAAAAGUCAAAUAAUCCUAAAUAAAUUGUACAUAAUUACUCCAAUGACUAAUUACAAAUUAUUAAAAAAAUUUAUUCAACUGUAAAUACGAUUUCUACUCGAUAUAAAAAUACUUAAGAAUUUACUAGAAGAAUUGAAUAAAAAAAAGACGAAAUUGGCGAUUUAA